UGCAUUAAAGAUAAAAUAGUGAUUUCGACCUUAUUAUUUUUUAUUAUUACACAGUUUAGCGCGCGAAACGAAAAAUUACGUGUUUGAUGAAAAAGUUGUCUGAUAAGCCGAAAAACAUAAUCACCAAACAGACUCUUAAUCUUUUGUACACAAUCUUUAAUUUCCAAUUAUGAGGACUCUAAAGUGAUGGUCCUAUAUUUUUGAGUUUAAAUAUUAAGAAAGUGUGGUAGAAUCUUAUUUAAUUGCAUUGGCCACUCUUUUUCGUUUAAAAUGUUUUCAUUUGGACUAUUUUCAAUCUCAGAUCAGAUCAGACUAGACCAGACUUAAAUAGACCAAAUCUGGACAAUUAUAAUAAAAUACAUAGAAACCAGGCAUUUACCGUACAUGACCGGAUCAAGAAUGUUUAGUCCAAUUGUAGAUGUCCUUACUAUUCAUAUAGCAAAAUGCAAUAAAUGAUAAUUUAUUUUAGUUUCUUUAUCAAAAGGGAAACCUAAUUAUCAUUUUGGAACAAUCGUAAAUAGAAAAUAUAGGACCAUCAUUUUGAGACUAGCGGACAUAUCAUAAAAAUAACCUUAUUAGCUUGAAUUUUUAAAUAAACAAAAAAAAAGUGAUUUUUAUUGAACCCGAAUUAUUGCGAUCCGGUCUGUAAUCCAGCCACAUCGGUGAUUCUGGUUCUGGUCCAAACCAUUUCGGUCCGGUCUUGGCGUCCCCAUCAUCAUGAUCGUGUCUGAACUGUUCCAGCGUAUUCACAGCCUCGGAAGCCUAGUUAGUUGGGCACCCGAAUUUCUCCUACUCCUCCCUAAUCUGCGGCCGGAACCGCCGUCCUGCCACCUAACAACGAACUAAACGUCAGCUUCAUCACUAAGAGACGGAUAAUGAGGGAGCUAUAGGCUGCUGGUAUAUGGUGCAAAACAAGUAGCUCAUGAGUGUUUCUUACAACAGAUAAAGAAAAAGAAAAAAGAAACGUUGGGCAGGACUGUGGUCUGUGACAGAACUUGAAUACAUUUACUUAUUCCAUAGAUGAGGAUAUGUUAUUGCAGCAUUUUCUUUUUUGCAUUCACAUGUAUGAUUGGAAUGCUUGAUGGUAGUGCCGGUGACAUUGAUCCAUCAUAUAGGACUUGUUUGGGAGAAUGCGAAAAGACUGGAUGUGCUGCAGGAAGAUGUUUUCCAAACUGCAAAAUAUAUUCUGAUAGUUCUUUCACCAGAGGCAUGGCCCUGAACAUUCAAAAAGGUCUCUACAAGUGGUGGAAACAAUUGGACUGCAAAAGUGAUUGCAUGUAUCACUGUAUGACUAAGAGAGAAAAGGAAAGAGGGUCACUUGGUCUUGGACCUGUGAAAUACCAUGGAAAGUGGCCUUUCAUACGUCUCUUUGGGCUUCAGGAGGCUGCAUCUGUUGUUCUCUCGCUACUAAACCUUGCAAUUCAUUUCCAUGGUUGGCUGUCCUUUUACAUGCUUGUUAAGUAUAAGUUACCAUCUAAAGCAGACAGGAGACCGUACUAUGAUUACACUGGCCUGUGGCUCAUAUUUGGCCUGUUGUCUAUGAACUCAUGGUUUUGGAGCUCUGUUUUCCACAGUAGGGAUGUUGAUAUUACAGAAAAGUUUGACUACUCAUCUGCAAUAGCCUUGCUCGGCUAUUCUCUUAUUCUGGCUAUCUUAAGAAGUUUCAGUGUGAGGGAUGAGGCUACCAGAGUGAUGAUUUCUGCCCCUAUUCUUGCUUUUAUAACAACCCACAUACUUUACCUGAACAAUUAUAAAAUGGACUAUGGUUGGAACAUGGUGGUGUGUGUUGUGAUGGCCGUAGCUCAACUUGUCAUUUGGGCAGCUUGGGCGGGAGUGAGCCAUCAUCCUUCUCGAUUGAAAUUGUUGUUCGUCGUGGUUGGGGGUGGCCUUGCAAUGCUUCUAGAGAUCUAUGACUUUCCUCCAUAUAAAGGAUUUGUGGAUGCACAUGCCCUUUGGCAUGCCACCACAAUCCCCCUCACUUACAUAUGGUGGAGUUUCAUCAAGGACGAUGCGAAGUUCCGAACAUCUAGCCUGCUCAAGAAGCUAAAAAAGUAGUAAUCCUUGAUGAUCAAUGCUCCAACAGGCUGAGCAUUCGUUUACACCAUACUAUCUAUUUUGUAUUCAAUUUUCGAGUUUCUGUUGUGUUUUGUCAAUGGAGGAUAUGGGUGUAUCACUUUUUUGUGUGAGAAAAAUGGAUACUUGUUUUGAAUUUUGAUAGAAAAUUCCUAAUUUUCACUUAGUUUUAAACAAGUUUACUCUCCCUUGCAUCAACUGAUCAACCCAAAAGCACCUUGCAGCGGGCAAACUGAAGUAUUUGUCUUUUCACUUAGUUAUUUGAGAAAUUUGGGUAAACUGGUA